CUGUGCGUGUGCGUGCAAAUAUAAAAGAUUAUUUAUCUUGCUCUGUUUUGGUUGAUGUUUCUGUGUCGGGGGCGGGGGCGCAGUGCUAAGAAAACUGGCACAGUGGCACACGCACUUAAAUGUCACUUGAUGGUGGAGGCAGUGCCUGUGGGGCAGUGGCAACUGGGAAUGGGAGCUGCGAUCAUCUAGAUCAGGGAGCGAUGACAACUAAAAAUAGCUGAGGAGCAGGAACAUGAAAGAGACAGAAAGCCAGUGAGUGAAUGUGAAGGAAAAGCCAAAAAUAAUUGAAAGCGUGGGCAGGAGGACAGUGAAAUAAACACAAAAAGAACACGCAUAGAAAAAGAGAGAGAGAGAGAUAAAAUAUUAAAAGCUGUAAAAGUUACAACUCGAAAUUCUGCGAAACAAAUAAACAAAAUCAAGUGGCAAAAAGUGCAGAAGGAGUGCAACCCAAGAAAAGACUGAUCCAUGCCAUUGAGUGCCCACUGUGCACACAUAUGUCUGUAGUUGGGAUAAACAAUUAAUUGGCCUAGGGCCAAACACACAAAAGAAGCAAACGAAGCAGCAGCGAAGAUCAGAGAGCCAGAGGAAGAUCAAACAGUCAACAGACAACCAACAGGUGGAAGGAAGACACCAAACCACACACAAUCCACACCAAAGCAGUGCCCCCACCCCAGAGAGGGAGAGCGAGAGAGAGAAAGAGAGAGUUCCAGCUCAUGCCUUGGAAUGUCCCAGUCUCCAGAUGAGGAGCUGGAGGAGGAGCAGGCCGAUCCGCUGGCCAAUCUGCUUAGCCUGCAGUUACGCAAGCCCCCGCACUGGAACUGGGAGCUGAGCACCUCCCGCAGCUGCAGCAACAUCGCCCUGCCACGCAUUCUGCUGUACGAUCACACGGGCGCCCUGCUAGUGGACGCACAGGGCGGCAGCGAACAGACCUACCGAUCGACGGACACGGCAAAGGAAAGGGGACAGCGAGAUCCGCAGAGGCGCCGCAAGAGAUCGGCCACAUCCACUCUGGCGCGUGACUUUCAUGGCCUGCACAUUGCCGAGGCCACGCCCAGUCCGAGCAGAAGCCGCGAGCGCUCCUACACGGGCAGCGGCAGCUGCAUCGAGAUCAACACCCACGAGCUGCCCAACUGGCUGCCCAGUGCCAGUGGCAGCUCCCGGCGUUCCAGCUCGCUGCGUAGCGUGCGUUUCCUGGACUCGCCACAGCCACUCGUGGAGCAGCAGCAGGAGGAGGAGGUAGAGGAGGAGCUAGUGGAGCUGCCCGUUUAUCCCACGCCGCCAUCCACCUCAACGACCACAAUGACCACCACCACGGCCAAUUCGUCGUCGUCGGGGCCGCGGGAGAAGCGGCGCUAUCGGCGCUCCCACAGCUCCAUUUUGGAGCGGUUCAGCAUGUCGCGUGGGCGCCACUCGUCGCCGGAGUAUGCCCAGGAGCGGGACGUGGAGCUGGCGCCGCGCUACUAUCUGCGCACCAGCAAGGCGGGAACCCUGGUCAUACGGGAGGAGAGCUUCAGCCGGAUGCGGCAGCGCCGCCGCCGACCACCCAAGCACUCGUCCAGCGAGAACAUACUGCAGGAUGGGCCUCCGGAGAGUGCACAGAGUGCCGUGCAGGCCACGACACGGAGGCGUCACCAGGAGGUGACGGCCAUCUCCACUUCGGAGGAGGAGGCGCAGCUGGAGGAUAAGCCACGCCCCAGCCACGGACGACAGUCGCGCGGCAGACGGACGCAACGCAGCUGCGUCAAGGAUGUGGCCCAGGAACUCAUCACGGUUGAUCCCGAUAAUUGUGUGUAUCGUGCGGCGCCGGGCGCCACGGCACGCUAGCACCGAAAACACCACAAGAAGCUGUAAAGGGGCAGAAGGAAGAAGGCAGAAAAAGGGGAGAGAGAAAGUAUGGAAAAAGUAGUAGAAGAAGAAAUCAAACUAGAGUUCCUCCUUGUGAUGUAAGUCGAUGAAGAUGUACACUAGCUGAAUAAAACAUGCAAUAUAAAGUAGCAGGAAAA